AUGGGUGGAGAUUUAAGAGAUUUAAGAGAUUUAAGAGAUUUAAGAGAUUUAAGAGAUUUAAGAGAUUUAAGAGAUUUGGGAGAUUUGGGAGAUUUGAAAGAUUUGAAAGAUUUGAGAGAUUUAAGAGAUUUGGGAGAUUUGGGAGAUUUGGAAGAUUUGGAAGAUUUGAAAGAUUUGAAAGAUUUGAAAGAUUUGAAAGAUUUGAAAGAUUUGAAAGAUUUGAAAGAUUUGAAAGAUUUGAAAGAUUUGAAAGAUUUGAAAGAUUUGAAAGAUUUGAAAGAUUUGAAAGAUUUGAAAGAUUUGAAAGAUUUGAAAGAUUUGAGAGAUUUGAGAGAUUUGAGAGAUUUAAGAGAUUUAAGAGAUUUAAGAGAUUUAAGAGAUUUAAGAGAUUUGAAAGAUUUGAGAGAUUUAAGAGAUUUGAGAGAUUUGAGAGAUUGA